CUGUACUGGCUCGGGGGUUUGCCUUGAAAUAACCUGCGACGUUUCGCAGUCAGUAUUCGUACGCAAUCGUCGCAACACUAACGCUCGAUCUGCCAACCAGUUAAUCAUUCUUUUUUUUCCUUACUCUAAAUUCUACUAGACCUACAUGGAAUAUAACACAAGACCUGGACUAUUUCAAAUCUAGACGUUGUUUUUCGUUUGCUCUCUUUUCUUAACAUUGUGUCCAUUCAGAAUAAUCAACCGCGGAGAAUGUCGAAGAAAAUCUUCACUACCAUUGCUUUGGCACUGCUCCCCUUGGUUUUGUUGAUGUGGCUGUCAUCUCAUCAAUCGUCAUCUAGUCCCCAGCUGAUAACUGCGCCUACUUCUGCCUACAGUCAAUUAGUUACAACAACCAGCACUUAUUCGACUAGCGCCAUCGACGGACACCCGGAAGCUGAAUCCAUGUCAGCCGAGGAGAUCUUCCGCUAUUUGCACUGGACCAACAGCACGUCGUGUCAAUUCGCUGUUGAUUUCGGUUUCAUGAUAUACGGUGCUGCAGGCCUAUUUGCACCGGACGGCCACAAAGCUGUCUGUCUCGACAAAUCCAUCGCUCCCGUCUACAAUAAUUGUCUCGUCUACUCGUUUGGCAUCAACAAUCUGUGGUCGUUCGAUGAAUCCAUGGAAAAGUUCGGAUGCCAAGUCUAUUCUUUCGAUCCAUCUAUGGGAGUGAAAGAUUACAUUCGGACUGAGAAAAUCCAUUUCUACAACAUCGGCCUGUCCGGAGUGGAUGGAUUGCAUCCCACCAAGGGAUGA